GUUAUAACGUCCAGAAUAUUUGAGGUUACAUUCAGAGGACCAACCAACUCCAUUUCGUCAUUGUUGAUGGUUUUCUGCUUAGUCAUUUAUUCAUGUUCUGUAACAAAGCUAUUAUAUUGUGGACUGUGGUAGUACUUUGUGGUUCGUGCAUUUCUUUGUAAUAGUUUUUGGCGUUCCCACGUAAGUGCGUUAUGUGAUGUAAUUUUAUUUUAAUUUUUAGCAUCAUUUUAAUAUUUAAUAUUAGUUUAGUUUCAAAUUGUGUAUACCUCUGUGUAUGAUUGUGAAUUAAAUUUUUUUUAUAUGUUUAUAGGCAGAAUUACUAUAUUACUAUAGUGGCACAGGGCGAUAAGCCAAAACAUAUAUAUUAUAAUGGCAAACGACGAGACCAUCAGAAUGUAUGUGAUUUUUAAAUGAAUUACAUUUUUGUGAAUACAUAAUAAUAUAAUAUAAUUGUACACAGACUUGUUUGUUCCGGACUAAAGGGGCAAAUAACAUCCUUUGUAAAAUAUUUAAAUGAUCUGUUCGUCAAAAGAGGUUCCUUCAACUAUGUGUUUUGUAUUGGGGAUUUUUUCGGAGAUGAAGAAAGUUAUGAAAAUGAGUGGAAACAAUUUUUGAAAUCCGGAACAACUGGUAAGGAAUAUAUACAUACUUGCGUCGUAUGCUAUUUACGUAAAUGUUAAUCGUGUUUUAUGUUAUCUAUGUCUGGUGGUAAAAGUGGGUCAGAAGUUGAUUGAUGUUGAUGGCAUGUUUUUAUGUCUUAGAUAUACAUGUAUAACUAUAGAUAUCAUUAAUACAGUGGAAUCGAACUAGGUUAGUUCCCAUUAUAAAUGGUAAAGUAGAAGUGGGAUUAAAAAUUCACUCAGACGUUAGUGGAGAGCCCGUAACAAUCUAAGCGAUUAUAUACAUUAUACCAUAAAUCAUCAGCAAAUUACUUGCGCUUCAUUGACCCGGAAACAGGGCUUAUACUCAAAGUAUACUAUUAGAUUUUCAUGGAGGCAUAUCAAAGUAAAAUACUUCAUUAAAACACAUGGUGUUACCUACCCUAACCGGCAGUCACUAGAAGAAUGGUUAUCUUUACUUAAUGCUUCCAAGGAUUUUUUUGAUCUUUUUUUUUUAAUGUAAAAACACAUUUUUAUAGAUAUAUUGUAGAUAAAAUGCGACAUGAGUUCUGGAACAUAACGUUUUUUUAACUUUUAAAAUGUAUUAACAUAAAUAACAUGUUUUUACAAAUUUGUUAAAUUAUAUUACAGUAUAUCAGUGGUGUAACUAGGACCUCUUUCGGGAGGUGAUAUGAAUGUUAAAAAUAUCAAUAAAAAAUCAUAACUAAUAUAUAUUAUUAAUAUUACACAAUUUUAUUAAAAUUUAACAUUAAUAAUAGACUAAUAUUGAUGAAUAAUGUGUCAGAUUUUGCACAUGAAAUUUUGAAUUUUAUAUUGUAUGGAAUAAGUUUUUUAAAAAAAGUUAGGGUUCUAUACCUCUUUGAGGGAUAUAAUCAUCCGUCCCACAUUGGGUGUAAUAUUCCCACUUUCAAGCUAUUUAUCCCGUUGUCCCCAAAGAAAGCAAAAAUGUUCUUAUUUUCAGGAUCUAAAAUACAUCUGAUUUUAGCAGACACACUUUGUUCAAUUGUAACUUUUGACAGGUUUCCAUAGCAAAAAAAAACCUGUGGGGAUUGUAACACCCGAAAUUAUCCCUCCUUUUAUGUACCGCUUACCUUACACAUUUAUGUUAUUUAUGUGAUGUUUAGAAUAAAAAUAUACAAAAUAAAUAUAAGUAAAAGUCCAAAAUAUUUUACUAAUAGUUACAUGAACACACUGUCAGAACAAUAAUAACUAUAAUAAGCUGUAGUCAUAAAUUCAAGGUUAUCUACAUAGUAUAUUUGUAGACACAAGGUAUAUUUACGAUUAAAGAUAGUACAUCUUGGUUAAUAUUUAUAGUUUAUUUAAAGUUUAUGGUAUAUUUGUAUAAUAUUGAUAACAAGGAAGUUGUUAUUAAUUUAUAUUGAGAUAACUGAUCCCCAGAGGUUUUGUGGCCGUCCGCGUCUUAGCGCUGGGCGCUACUUGCGGGCGGUCGUGGUGCUGGAGCGACGAGGACGAGCCGCCGCCAGUACAGGGUCUUUGAAGGAAACACCAGCCCCGGGUAUUUGAGGCCCGUAUCUUUCUCGCGACCGGGAUGGGUUCCCGUUCGCCCACUAGGUGCAGUGGAUUAGCAUUACUAUCUUGCGCCUGUCCCACAGCCACCACGUUUCAGCCGAGUUAAACUCCUCAACCUUGGGGGCACUUAGUCUGGAGCAGCCAGGCCAGUCCGACGUGAAGUGGGGCAUCUAAUCUAGCUCUUCUUAAUCAACUUAUUAUCACAUUAAACUUAUGAUUAGUAAAUCUUUUGAUUUCCAUAUAAUUAACCUUUACAAAACACUCAGUAUAAAAAAUAUGAAUAGUUUAUAUUUAUUGAAUAUACAUACUAAACUAAAAUUAUGAUUUAGACCUAAAAAAUUAUUCACCAUCUCAUACUUACUAUACUCGCCAUAAACAAAGAUUUGGUCUGAAUAUGUAAGUAACCUAUGAAGAAUUUGGUAGAAAAACAGUUGUUAAUGUCAGUAUUUCUUUAUGUCCAAAACUUAAUAUUAAUUUAUCAUUGUUUUACAGCAAGUAUCAUUUAAAAAAAUAUUUAAAUGUGCUAAAUUUAGAUCUAAUUAGUCUGAACAUAUUCUUCUGGUGUUUAUUUAAUAUGUAUUUUAUUUAAAUAAUUUUUUCUCUCCUUUUUUAUUAUUGUAUCAUUUACUGAUUUUCUUUGAUUUAAAUUUUAAAUGUUGUAACUGAACAGUUGCAUCCACCACUAGCUACGCUUUUGUAGCAACAUUAAAAAAUUUAAACUUAUGUUAUGUAUGAGUUUCAAAAGUUGUUUUUUUUUUUUUACAUUAAAUAUUAUUAUUAUUAUUUAUGGUUAAAUUUUGAAUUUGUUUCUAAUAACCAUAGUUAGAUCAAAUUAAAAAUUAAUUGUGAUAAAAAGCUCUUAUGGUAAUAAGAUGAAUAUAGAUGACUCCACCCAAAUAAUAAAAAUAAAAUUAACAAAGUCUUUGAAAUAUACUCGGGAAUGUAUGAAAUUUAGAAUCUAUUUUAUUCACUUUAUUUUCUAUUAUAACUAUUUAAGUAUAUUUUUUUUUCAGUUCCAGUACCUAUUUAUACAUUAGGACCCAACAAAAAAGAACACGAAAAGUAUUUUGAGAACUUGGUUGACCAGAUGUUGGCCCCCAACAUUUAUUAUCUCGGUAGUAUUUAGUAUUUUUAACUAAUUUGUUUAUUUAUUAUUAAUUUUGAUAUUUUAAUUUGAGUAUAUUUUAUGCUUAUUAGGUAAACAUGGCAUGUUUACUACUUCAGAAGGUUUUAACAUUGGCUAUAUUAGUGGUAUUCAAGGUCCCUAUCAAGGUGUUGAAUGUGAUAUGCAUACAUUCAACUAUGAAUCUUUAGAAGAGUUCAGAGAAUCUUUUGUACGGUCUAGAAAGAAAUUGGAUGUCCUUUUGACAUCACCAUGGCCAAAAGAUAUUGAAAAAAACGACCUCUUUAGUGUAUAAAAAGUUGUUUUUAAAUUUGAAUGAUGUUUUUAUAAAAAAAAAAUCUAUUUAUAUUUAUAGGCAAAACCCAGUAAAGAAUGUUCAGAUACAAAAUGUGUAUCAAACUUAUUAUCAUGGAUGGCUAUAAAUUUAACACCAUCUUAUCAUUUUUCUGGAAUGCAAGGCAUUUAUUAUGAGCGGAGUCUAUUUAGGUAUGUUAUUAUUUAUUCUUCAAAUGAGUUGUUAAUAAUUAUUGAUUUUCAUUACAGGAAUCCGAAUCGCCAAGUAACAAGAUUUAUUGCUUUGGGUGAUUAUUAUGGACCUAAUAAACCAGAUAAAUUAACGAGAACAAAACAAAAAUGGAUUUAUGGCUUUAUUUUAAGAAAAAGUGAUGAUUUGUCUCGUAGUGAUAUUCCUCAAGUUACCCGACCACCAUAUUCUCCUGAAUUUGACUAUUGUGUACAACCCAUAUCAAGACAAUUUUUUUAUGAUAUAUCAGCCGGCAACAGUAGAAAUAUAAACUCUCAUAAACGUCUAAAAUCAAAUGAAGAAUUACAACAAAGUAAGUCAAAUUUAUUUUAUUUAUCGAAUUUCGUUUACAUUCAAUAAAUGUAACUUAUUUAAAAUAAAUUGUAAUGUACUAAAAUUAUUUAUUUUUAUAACAGCCAAUAAAAUAAAUCUUGAUGAUUGUUGGUUCUGCUUGGGCAGUAAUAAGGUGGUUAAACAUAUGAUUGUAUCAGUUGGUGAUCAGGUGUGGAAUUGUUUUGAUGUUUUUAUAAAUUAAAAAUAUUAACUAAUUAAAUUUUCUUCAGGCAUAUUUAGCUGGUACUGUAGGUCCAUUGAUCAAAGAAAAUUUAUUAAUUGCAACAGUUGGCCAUUAUCAAUCACUCGUUCAUCUUCCAAAAAAAGCAGACUUUGAAGUUCAUGCGUAAUUAAAACAUUUUUAUAUUUUAAAAUGUUAGUUAUUAGGGAAUUAAAUAAAAUUAAUUUGUGUAUUGUUAACAGAUUAAAAUAUUCUUUGAAUAAGUAUUUUCAAAGUACUGGUCGUGGACCUAUAUAUUAUGAACGCAACAUAAUGUCUGUGCAUUUCAACCUCCAAGUAAUCCCAGUUCCUAACAGUAUGGUUGAUCGCAUCGAACAAGCAUUCUUAGUAAUAUACAACUACAAAUUACAUGAUAUGUUAAUAAAAUUAUUUUGUAUUAUUUAGGCUAAAUUCAAAGAGUGUGGUCUUAAAUUUGUGCUGGUUCCUAAAAAUGCCUUGUUACAUCAAAUAAUAAGGAGUAAAGGAUACUUUUAUUUAGAAUUGCCAAAUAAAAAAUGUUAUUUGUAUAACAUUGAAGCAGACGAUAAAACUCGAUUUCCCCUUCAACUUGCAAGGUAUUGUUGUAAAAUAUUAUUAAUUUUAUGAUAUUGUUUAAUUGAAAUAUUAAAACAUAGGGAGGUAUUGGCAUCAAAAUCAUUGUUGGAUGUUGAAGAUCGUAUAGACUGGAGAAAAUGUAAGCAGACACCUGAAGAGGAAAUAAAUGACAUUAAUACAUUUCGGAGUGCUUUUAAGACUUUCAACCGAUUGAAAGAAAAAGAUAUUGCACAUUAAAAAAAAAAAUAUAUAUACAUAUUCCUUUGAAGAUACAAACUAAGAAAUAAAAUAGUAUUUCAAUCUAAUUUAAUGGUUAUUUCCACUUUGUAAACAUGUAUUUUAUUAUUACUUUCUAAAACUGUUUUAAUAUUCAAAACAUACAAAUAAUAUGCAUGUAAAAACAAGUAUCAUAAAGUAAGAUAAUAAUUUGUAAUUUUUAUUAAACAUGUCAUUUAAAGACGAGUUUAAAGUUAUAGUGUAUUCAUACUUAUUUAUUAUCUAUUUACUAUGCAUGCAAAUAAUAUGUAUGUAAAAACAAGUAUCAUUAAGUAAGACAACAAUUCUUAGGAAAUUUAAAUUAACUUAAGCUUUAUAAUUUAUAAUUUUUUAUAAAAAUGUCAUUUAAAGACGAGUUUAAAGAUAAAGUGUGUUCAUACUUAUUUAUUAUCUCUUUACUAUGCAUGUUGUCCACCAGUAAAUUAGUCUUUUUUUUAUAUAAUCUACCUGUAUGUAAUACCCAUUAAUUUCUAGUAAUCUCCAAAACCUGUUUAUAAUAUAAUUAUUACAAUUAAUAAAAGUGAAACCAGCAAUAAAAUGUAUAAAAAAUAUAAUAUACCUUAAUAUUGAAUGAAAUAUCAAAUUGAGAGGCAAUUCGAAAACAUUUAUAAAUUCCAAGCAUAGCAAGGAAGCUAUUGGUUUU